AUGCCAUCCAUUGAACCUUCCCCGCCAGGCGAAUCUCGCCUGCUGAUCGUUUCAAACCGGCUUCCCAUCACCAUCCGUCGCUCUGAUGGCGGUAAAUAUGAGUUCUCCAUGUCUUCAGGCGGUCUCGUCACCGGGCUGAGUGGCCUCUCCAAAACCACCACCUUCCAGUGGUACGGUUGGCCUGGGCUAGAAGUGCCAGAAGAUGAAGUUCCCUCGGUCAAACAGCGAUUGAAAGAUGAAUUCAAUGCGACUCCGGUGUUUAUGGAUGAUUUCCUCGCUGACCGCCAUUACAAUGGAUUCUCUAACUCCAUCCUCUGGCCUCUUCUGCAUUAUCACCCGGGUGAAAUCAUGUUUGAUGAAGGAGCCUGGGAUGCCUACCGCGAGGCUAAUCUGUUGUUCGCAAAGACCAUCGCACGCGAGGCCCACGACGGCGAUCUCGUCUGGGUGCACGAUUACCACCUCAUGUUGCUCCCCGAAAUGCUUCGCGAACAGUUCCGUCUCCUGGGGAAGUCCAACAUCCGCGUGGGCUUCUUCCUGCACACCCCGUUCCCCAGCAGUGAGAUCUACCGGAUUCUCCCCGUCAGAGGCCAGCUCCUGCGCGGCGUCCUGAACUGCGAUCUGAUCGGGUUCCACACGUAUGACUAUGCGCGUCAUUUCUUGAGCAGCUGCGCACAUAUCCUUGGGCUCGUCACAACGCCGAGUAGCGUCAAGUUCGAAGGCCGGUCCGUGUCGGUGGCCGCCUUUCCCAUUGGAAUCGACCCUGAGAAAUUCACGGAAGGGCUCAAAUCUCCCAAAGUGCAGCACCGCAUCUCGUCGCUGGAGAACAAAUUCCAGGGCACCAAGCUGAUGGUUAGUGUGGAUCGUCUGGACUACAUCAAGGGCAUUCCGCAGAAGCUACACGCCCUGGAAGUCUUCUUCUCCAAGCACCCGGAGUGGGUCGGAAAGGUGGUUCUGGUCCAGGUCGCGGUGCCGAGCCGACAGGAUGUGGAGGAGUAUCAGAACCUGCGGGCGGUCGUGAACGAGCUCGUGGGGAGAAUCAACGGGAAGUUUGGAACGGUGGAUUACAUGCCCAUCCAUUUCAUGCACAAGUCCGUAAGCUUCGACGAGCUGAUCGCUUUGUACGCGGCAUCGGAUGCCUGCGUGGUCUCGUCCACGCGGGACGGAAUGAACCUCGUGUCGUUCGAAUACAUCGCCACGCAGAUGAAGCGCAAGGGCACACUGAUCCUGUCCGAGUUCGCGGGUGCCGCCCAAAGCCUCAACGGGAGUAUCGUUGUCAACCCGUGGAACACGGAAGAGCUUGCGCGCGCGUACCACGACGCGGUUUCGAUGAGCGACGAACGUCGAACAAUGAACUUUGAGAAGCUCUACAAGUACAUCUCCAAGUACACCAGCGCGUUCUGGGGCAAGUCAUUCGUGUCUGAAUUGAAGCAGACGAUCUCAUGA